AUGCCGACGUCUACGGGCAACACCAGAGAUGUGGUGGCUGAUGAGAGCCAUCGCAGUAUCAUUAUAGGGGUACAGACGGCACUGACGGCCCUGGCCGUCGUUGUUGUCUGUCUCCGUUUAUAUGUUCGCAUGAAGAUUGUUAGGAGUUCCGGGUGCGACGACUGGAUUAUGGCUCUUGCGACGCUCUGUUCCCUCGGCGGCUGGAUCCUCUACGUCUACAAAACAUGUCACGGCCUCGGGCACCACAUCCAAUUCCUUGACGACAUGGAGAGAAUGAAGUUGGACGAAGCGGCGUUCUGGCAGGUCAUUAUCUGCUCGGCUACUGGGAUCGCGUUGCUCAAGAUAUCCAUUGCCUUGAAUUUGCUGAGGUUCAGCCCGACCCGAUGGUACACCAUGUCUUUAUGGGCAAGUAUUGCUUUUGUCGCAGCGUACAGCUUCAUGGGCGCGAUGACAUUCUUCCUCCAUUGCAAACCGAUGCAAGCACAUUGGGAUAAGCAAAUCAAAGAUGCGAAGUGCUACUCCGUACAUCUAUUUGUCGUCUUCGCUCUUAUCAAUACAUCCUUCAACAUCUUCACCGAUGUUCUUUUCGCCACGAUCCCCAUCCCAAUCGUCUGGAAUUUACGCAUGAAGCGUCAAGUUCGCAUGUAUCUGAUCGGUGUCUUCAGUCUCGGUUACUUCACAGUUGGUCUAGGCGUUAUCAAAGCAGUUGCUCAGCUCGCAUACUCCAAUGAGACGGAUAUUUUCUUUAACGACUCUAUCCUCUUCUGGGGCCUUGCUCAAUUCAAUGUUGGAAUUCUUACCGCCUGUGUUCCGUCGCUUAAGCCGCUUGUCAGGAGAGUUCUCAAGCUAUCCGAAUACACAGAUUCACGCUCGCGCUCACGUGGACUAUAUGGCAGACGUUCAACAGGUCGCUGGACGAGUAGCAGGCAUAGCCGUCGGGUGUUCUCAAUCCAUAGGCGGGACCAAUAUGGAAUUGAGGAGUUGCACAGCCAUGAUUUGUCUACGCGCAGCCAGUCUGAUGAAGUGAAGCUCACGCCGUACGGAGCAACGGUGUCAUUUACGGCUCAUGCUGAGAGGGGGAGGCUUGACGAUAACAGUGGGAUCGAGGAGGCUGUAAUUGGCGAAACGUCUCUAGAAAAACGAGUGGUUGGAGGUAUCUUGAAGACAACGCAAACUACUGUCAUUAGCAGCAGGGCUGUCGAUUAG